AUGAGGCAUCAUGUGCAUGCCUGCCACGUCCAUCUCGAUAACCGACUCCAGCUCGACUGCUGUGCCUAUCCACAUCCACAUCCACAUCCACAUCCGCAUCCACACAAACACGUCCGCCAUCAUAGCCACGGCCAUGGCUGCGGUGACGUGUGGCGGCUCCAGCCCGGUCGAUGCCUCAGCCAUGGUUCGCCUCGAUGCGCUUUCUCCGCGCCGGCCCAGACUAUACAACACACGCCUGCUCGCCUCUCGCCUCCUAUAAGCCCAGCACUCACUUGUACCCCGCGCCCUACUCCCUCCAUCCACGCCCCAACCACUCGACUGCUUUUUGGCGUUUCACCAUCGACACCAUGGCCCUCUUACUAA